UAUAUAAACUGCAGGAAACUAGAUCAAGACAGUUUUUGACACAUCUGCCUCUCAGUGUCUGUUUACGACUUAUUAAGACAAGUGACAUGGACGAUCUCGACCAAAGUCAGAUACAAAUGCUGAAGAAGGCAUUUGAUACCUUCGAUCAAGAGAAGAAAGGAGUCAUCAGCACCGACAUGAUUGGUACAAUUUUAGACAUGCUGGGUCACGAAUUAGACGAUGAAACUCUGUCAGAAAUUAUUCAGGAAUACGAUGUAAACGGUACUGGUGUUUUGGAAUUCAAGGAAUUUUGUUCAUUAGCAUCAAGAUUCAUGGUUGAGGAGUUAGACGCUGAAGCUAUGCUGGCCGAACUAAGAGAGGCAUUCCGGUUGUAUGACAGAGAAGGCAAUGGCUACAUCACAACGGAAGUAUUAAAAGAAAUAUUCAAAGAAUUGGACAAUACUUUAUCAAAUGAAGACUUAGAGUCAAUGAUAACAGAGAUUGACACAGACGGAUCAGGGACAGUUGAUUUCGAUGAAUUCCUUGAAGUAAUGACUGGUGAAUAAUUAUUUAUAAAAUCAACCACUUAAAGUAAUGUUAUGUUAAUAAGACUUUUUAGUGUAUAUAAGAAAGCACGCGUAAUUUUAAGAUAUUUUAGUUUUAACAUAAAUUAUUACAUUUUAAAGAAUUGUUAUUUAUCUAUUCAUAUAUUUACAUAAAAAAAAUAUUGUAUUAAAAUAUCUGUAUUUAAAUAAUAAAAUGAAAUAGUAUUAUUAUAA